AUGAAUGAAGAGAUCAUCGUGCAGUCAAAGAUUAUUUCUGAAGAGGUCCUUAGGCUCAACAACAUUGAGGAAAGCAUGCUUAAGCAAAUAUCAAAAGUGAAUUGGCUUAUACUUCGUGACGGCAACAACAUAUACUUCUAUGCCAUAUUGAAGAGUAAAUCUAGAUUGAGAAAUAUCCAGAAUCUGCUGACUCAAGCUGAUGUGAAACACUUCUUUGAGUCUAUCUGUGGAGAGGUUCAACGACUGAGGCUUCUUGGGGAUUACCAUCAUUCAACUCGGAUUGCUUUUGUUGAGUUCACAGUGGCUGACAGUGCAAUUGCCGCCCUAAGCUGCAGUGGCGUGAUUUUGGGUGCUCUGCCUAUAAGGUUAGCUUGA